AUGCAAAAACAAAAUAUGAUUAUUACACCAAUACAACAAUUUAUGCAAGAACUUUUUUGGAAAAGUAUAUAUACUUGUUUGAGUUUAGCUUUUUGUUUUUGCAUUUGUUUUAGUUAUGCUGAUGUAUUUUUAUUCCAUUAUGCUGCAGUAUGUUUUAAAGUAUUACCAAAUAUAAUACCCUCUUUUUUAACACUUGAUGUUACUGAAGCUCUUCAAUCUAUGAUUUUAAUAAGUAUUUAUAUUUGUAGUAUGUGUCUGUUCCCUAUUAUUUAUUAUUUUAUACUCACGUUUAUUUUACCAAGUUGUUUUGAAACUGAAAUACAGUACAUUUAUAUACUAAGUAUAGGAAGUAUACUAUCUUCAAUCCUUGCAUACGUAGUGACAAUGCACCUAUUAGUACCAAAUGUUAUACAUUUUUUUUUAUAUCUUGAUACAAAUAUGGCUCCUACUUGGCAUCAUGUACCACGACUCAUUCAUUAUAUAUCAUUUAUUAUAACAUUUAGUAUUGCUAUGCAAAUAGUGAGUCAACUUCCAUGGAUAUCCCUUAUUUUAUAUAAAAUAUGGCCUUUUCCAAUACAGGUAUUUAAUACAAUAAGAAAAUAUAUUCAUGUAGGUGCUUUAUGUAUAAGUGCCUUUUUAUGCCCUCCAGAUCUGUACUUACAACUUUAUUUAUGGGUAGUAUUCGUAGUAUGUAUAGAAAUAAUGUACGUAUGUAUAUGUAUUGCUUCUAUGUACGUAAAACGUUUAACAAAGGGAAAUGAUUAA